GGAUUGGCAUUUGAGAAGUUCUGUUAACCAGUGGAUGCCCUGGGACUGAAGCAAAAUGUAUUGUCCGUGUGGGGGAAUGCCGGGGGCCAGUAGACUGCAGAUGGGGGAUAGCAAUUUCUGCGGGCCUUGACUGCGUGAAGAUACCUUGUAUUUGUAUACCUCCUGAAAAUUGAUUUAAAUACAUUUGGAAGAUGUUAAUUCCAAACAAGACAGCACACAUUCUUCCCAAUGAUUCAGCUAUGAUGGAAGUUUGCAGAGAUACCCAUUCAGUUACUUUCCAGUGUGAAACGCAAGAAAAUGGAAAUAUAUUUGUGUCUGUAAAAUACACAGUCUAUGCAACAACUGAAAUGCAAACAAAAAAAUCAAGGAGAAGAGGAACAGGGCAAUCAAGGAGAACAAUGAUAGAUGCCAUUCUGGUCUUUUGCCUGAUAACUGAAAUCGUUGUGACUGUUGGUGUGAUCUUUGUCAUGAUCUUGAUGAUUCUUCACUGGGCUGUUGUAAAAUCUAUUUGGAAAUCAAAAUCUUGGCCAGACAACCAAGACAAGAAGCUGACCAACAAAAGAUCCCUGUGUGAGAUGGAAUAA